AUGCGAUCAUCGAAGAAUAAAGCGAGGCAAAAAAGAAGGAAGACGUCCCGAGACAAUGAAUUCGAAACGUUGAUAUCCGAUCAGACUAUGCCUGGUGGAGUCCUGAUCCGUGGAAAACGCGUGUUGAAGUUCGACUUAUUCCCUGAAAUCUCGAAGGAACUUGCGAUUGAAAAAGAGAAAAGAAUGAAAGAAGAACAGGAGUUUAAAGAAAAUUCUCAAAACCGACCGGACGAAAAGAUCCAAAAACCAGCACAUCAUCCUUUGACCCCUCGAGCUCCAACUGAAGAAGAAAAUGCGACCGCCUUGAAACUAGUCGAAGAAAAAUUUCAUCACGCCAAUCGAGAUUAUGGCAAGAUUUACAACUCCGCAAAUGAGCAAAUCAUCGGUGUGUUCGAAAUCCUGAAGAUCCCGAAUUUAGAACAAACACAAAGGGAAGAUCUCGACUUCCUCUGCGCCUUCAUUCACGAUUGCAAGCAGUUUGUCUCACCGGCUAUUUCGGAAGGUCUUUCCUGUGAUGAUAUAUCGUCAGCAAUCGGUUGGUCUAAGGACCUGACCCGGCUAGAAAUUCUUCCUCAAUAUCGGAAUGAAGAAUCCAUCCGAAAAAAUCAAGAAGCUUACUCCAAACUGAUGGAAGCUUCUAAAAAAGCGGGAGGAAUUCUCUGGGACAUCUUCUCCACACUCGGCAACCUGGCUGCCGCGAAUACUCGGGCAAAGAUGAAGAAGCUAGCCUCCGAUGGAUUAGUGUCCAGUCUAGCCUUCCCUUCCAACGGCUUCCACACCGAUUAUCAGGUGGAUAAUGAAGAAGAGUCGGACCCACCAUUGUCCUUUGCAAUGAUGAUCCCUACCUUCAGAUCCACCGGCAAAAUUGCGCUUGAAUCCGAAGGUCAUCGGGUCGACAAUGGACAAUUUGUAUUUCCUGACAUCAAGCAAGCUAUCAGUUUUCCACCAGAUACGAUUGGUCUGAUGAUCUUCCGAGCUCAACAGUAUGCUCAUGGCAUUUUAUCUUCAACUGAAGUUGGUGAUUCUACUCGAUUAGGAUUGUGCAUUCAAGCACCUGUUGUUAUUAAUAGAGGUAGUCAAACAGAACAAGAUACACCUCAUGAUUCAGAACCUGAGAAAGCAAAAAGUUAAAUGGUC